UAAUAAAAACAAAUUCCGAGGGCAUUCUUGACAGGUGCCCUCUGCUUUUCCUCAACAUCUCAACGCUCUCAAUCCCACACUCUCCCACUUUCGCUUCUACCUCAUCGGUCGAUUACAUUUCUUGCUACUUAGGUUUCAUCGAUCUGUGAUUUUUCUCGCCUUCCUUGUUUCCCUAUCUCGGUGAAUUUGAUCGCGGUUGUGGUUCUAGGGUUUCUUUGUUUGUUUGGUUUCGGGGUUUAAUUUGAUGUGUGGCAUGAAGAUCGAGGAGUCAGACGAUACGGGGAGUAGUAGGGAUGAAGAGAAGGGGGAGAUGCAGAUUGUGAGGGUUGAUUCAAAGAGAGCGUUGGUGGGAGCAGUUGCUCGGAUCCUGUUUUACCCGACACUCUUGUAUAAUGUGCUUCGUAACAAGAUUGAAGCUGAAUUCAGGUGGUGGGAUCAAGUUGAUGAGUUUUUGUUGCUGGGCGCAGUCCCAUUCCCCAAAGAUGUUCCUCACUUGAAGAAGCUUGGCGUUGGUGGUGUAAUAACUCUUAAUGAACCGUAUGAAACUUUGGUGCCUUCAUCAUUGUAUCAUGCUCAUGGAAUUGAUCACUUGGUAAUUCCCACAAGGGAUUAUCUCUUUGCCCCCUCCUUUGCUGAUAUCAGCCGGGCUGUGCAGUUCAUUCAUCAGAAUUCAACUUGUGGUAAAACUACUUAUGUUCACUGUAAAGCUGGGCGGGGAAGGAGUACAACAAUUGUGCUUUGCUAUCUGAUUGAAUACAAGCACAUGACAGCUGCUGCUGCCCUGGAAUAUGUGCGGUCUCAAAGACCCAGAGUGAUGCUAGCUCCAUCGCAAUGGAAGGCUGUUCAAAAGUAUAGCAAACGCAGACCUUGUUCUUUAGCACGCUCACCCUCAUGGGAUGCAGUUCUUAUAACCAAAGCUGAUCUUGAAGGCUACCAGAGCUCUGGUAAUGCUGGUAUGGAGCUGGCCAUUGCUCCUAAAGUGCCAAAGACUAAUCCCAUGAUAUCAAGACUAUCUUGUCUGUUUGCAUCCUUAAAGACAUCCGGAAAUAGUGUACCCAUGACGAGGUGGUUACCGGUUUCUGAGUCACGUGCUUGUUAAGCCAGCAAGCCAGGCCAGCUUGACACGGAUAUGUACAGAAGAAGGUUGUGGAAAUAAGUGAAGUUGGAUACUUUCCCACAGAGUCGGUGCAAUUGUGUUAAAUGAGAGUAUGCAUAGUAUGAAAGAUAGGGAGGGAAGAUUCCUCCAUUGUCGUGUUAUACGUUGUAGUUCUCUUGUAGAUACCUCAUGGUCAUGGGUGAUUACUCCAUAUGCAAGUUAAAUCAUUAUUGAUGUGAAAUAAAUACAAUUACUCAGUUGGUGGCCGAACGGUUGCUUCUGUUUACUGGUACAAGGUCUCUUUCCUGUUCCUUUGCACUUGCCUACUUGCAUAUUGCCUGCCUGAAGCAUAGCUCGUUUUGCAGAUCUGACCUCUGUAGCUCUGCCUACUGCUCCAGUUUCUGUUGCAAUAGGAUUCUAGGAAGGAACAGCGUAAUAUGUCUUGACGUGUGGAUGCAGCCUUGGAGUGUUAGUCAUUUAUUGUUGCUCCAAUUCUGGUGAAAAACUUGGGCUUUGGGUAUUGGUCGUAAAAGUAUCUUAACUAUAUAUACAUACAUCACAUUGAUACA